CGGCGUGCGGCGGAGCUCCGGCGGCGGGCGGCGGCGCGGCGGGCGGCAGCCAACGGGCGGGCGGCUUGCUGCGGGGUGGCGGCGGGCGCUGGUUGCUGUGCGCGGAGGAGCCAUGAGGGGCGACCGAGGCCGAGGCCGUGGCGGACGCUUUGGUUCCAGGUUCCGGCCCUUUGUGCCGCACAUCCCCUUUGAUUUCUAUGUCUGCGAGAUGGCUUUCCCGCGGGUAAAGCCCGCCGCCGAUGAGAGCGCCUUCAGCGAGGCCUUGCUGAAGAGAAACCAGGACCUGGCACCGACUGCUGCUGAACAGGCUUCCAUUCUUUCCCUGGUGACCAAAAUCAACAACGUGAUUGACAACCUCAUUGUAGCGCCAGGAACUUUCGAGGUGCAAAUUGAGGAGGUUCGCCAGGUCGGCUCCUACAAGAAGGGGACCAUGACGACGGGGCACAACGUGGCCGAUCUGGUGGUGAUUCUGAAAAUCUUACCCACGCGUGAGUAUCCGUUCCCGGGGCUGCCGGGGGAGGGCGGCGCCCGGUCCUGCUCUAAGAACCUCUCCUCCCGCUCCCCAGUGGAAGCUGUGGCGGCCUUGGGAAACAAAGUGGUGGAGAGCCUGAGGGCGCAGGACCCCAGCGAAGUCCUGACCAUGCUGACCAACGAGACCGGCUUUGAGAUCAGCUCGGCUGACGCCACGGUGAAGAUCCUCAUCACCACGGUGCCGCCCAACCUCCGCAAGCUGGACCCCGAACUGCACCUGGACAUCAAGGUGCUGCAGAGCGCCCUGGCUGCCAUCAGACACGCUCGCUGGUUUGAAGAGAACGCUUCGCAGUCCACGGUGAAGGUCUUAAUCCGGCUGCUGAAAGACCUGAGGAUUCGGUUCCCUGGCUUCGAGCCCCUCACUCCCUGGAUCCUGGACUUGCUGGGGCACUACGCCGUGAUGAACAACCCCACCAGGCAGCCCCUGGCCCUCAACAUCGCCUACAGGCGCUGCCUCCAGAUCCUGGCGGCGGGGCUCUUCCUGCCCGGCUCCGUCGGGAUCACCGAUCCCUGCGAGAGCGGCAACUUCCGCGUCCACACGGUCAUGACCCUGGAGCAGCAGGACAUGGUGUGCUACACCGCGCAGACGCUCGUCCGGAUCCUCUCUCACGGAGGCUACAGGAAAAUCCUGGGCCAGGAGGGCGACGCCAGCUACCUGGCUUCCGAAAUGUCCACGUGGGAUGGGGUGAUAGUGACGCCUUCCGAGAAGGCUUACGAAAAGCCCCCGGAGAAGAAAGAAGGAGAAGAGGAAGAGGAGAACCAGGAAGAACCCGCUGCAGGCGAGGAAGAGGAAAGCAUGGAGACUCAGGAGUGACUCGCCCAGCACGCCUCACCGCUGGACGAAGCCACGCGAAGGACCGAGCGCAUCCUGAGCGAACAGAGCCAGCUGCUGUGCCCCCCCCCCCCCUCGUAUUCGUGUUUUUAUAGGUUCACAUUAAAACCUCCCCCCUUU